AUGUACGAAACCUCUCGCGCUCUUCCUGCUUCUCAACUAACAUCAACCGCCAAGUUUGCAUCGCAAGGAAUCGGGAGUGUACAACCGCCGAUCCAACAAGAGUUCACCGAUAUUGUCCAAGUCAGCUACAGCUCAGUGGCGUACUACGUUGGGCUGAUCCUUGGGGCCUCGUUUUGGGGAAUUUCCAGUGAUUUGAUGGGUCGCAAGCCCGCGUUCAACUGCACUCUGCUCAUCGCAGGAGUUUUCCUAUGUGCAGCUGCUGGGUCGAUGAAUUUUGUUGCGUUCAGUGCUCUGUGGGCUGUUAUUGGGACUGCCGCUGGUGGGAACGUACCGGUUGAUUCGAUGAUCUUCUUGGAAUUUGUUCCUGGGAGGAGAUAUACCCUGAUCACCCUCGGUGGUCUCGCUCUUGCAUUCACCUUUGUUCGGAUCUUCGUGUUCAAAUUACCCGAGACUCCAAGAUAUCUUCUCUCUCAGGGUCGGGAUCAGGAAGCAGUAGAUGCCGUCAACCACGUCGCGAGACAAAAUGGUAAACCAGAACCGUUGACAAUAUCAAUGUUCCAAGAGAUCGACAUUCAAAUGGGAAACCCCAUUCACGAAGGCCAAACAGCCCUAACCACCAAGGAGGUUGUAAAGGAAAAUAUGCAGGCUUUCCGAGGCGAGCAUUACCGGGCAUUAUUCGCGACUCGCAAACUCGGCCGACAAACGAUGAUCAUUUGGGCAAUUUGGCUAACAGUUGGAAUCGCAUACCCCCUAUUUUUCGCCUUCUUGCCAUCCUACCUAGCAACCAAAUUCACCGAAAACUCCUCCCUCUACCUCACAUACCGCAACUACUGCAUCACAUCAGCAGUCGGCAUCCUAGGCCCCCUCUCCGCUGCAGUAUGCGUCAACACCCGGCUAGGAAGACGCUGGAUGAUGGGGAUAUCGGCCGUCGUCACAGCCGUCUUCCUCUUCGCCUACGUGGGCGUCAACAGUCCAGCAGCCGAUCUGGCAUUUUCUAGCAUCACCAGCCUACUGGCUAACUUUGGUUUGUCAAAAAAUAUAUUUUUCUUUUCAGACAAGACCCUUGCUAACUCCAAGCCCUCGUCAGAGUAUGCUAUCAUGUACGCCUUUACGCCCGAGUCCUUCCCAGCACCGCAUCGCGGCACAGGCGCCGGAACAGCGGCGGCACUGCUUCGUUUCGGUGGCCUUGUUGCUAGUAUUAUAUCCUCCCAGACUGGAUUUACUACUGCUCCGAUUUAUGCUAGUGCGGCGUUGUGGGUUGCCGUGGGGGUUUUCUGUCUUGGGUUGCCGUUUGAGACUCAUGGUCAUGAUGCUUUGUGA